CGCCAGACUGUUGCUGCUGAACUACCGCAGUGCUCCAGAACCAGAACCCCGUGACGUCACAGCGGAACCAGAACCCGACAGAACCAAACGGAUCAGGAGCCUGCAGGGCUCAACAGACCCUGGAGGAGACCUGCCUUUUCUUGCUCAGCACAGUUUUGUGGUUCUGUUGUUGUUGUGGAACCUUUGAGGGAACCUUGGCGAGCUGCCUCUGAUGGACAGGUGGAUGGACAGCUGGGUUCUUCCAGCGCUGUGAGCCAAUAGGAAGGCGGGGGUGUUCCCUCCUGUACACUGACCUGGAGUCAGGUUGACCUCAGCAUCUGCCCUGCUGAGUUAAGCUCCGCCCACCAUUGGCAUUACUUCCUGUUUGAGUGCAGAAGACAGCCAAUAAGAUGAGCCAGCUGCCAGAGGCGGAGCCAGCCCCAGAGGUGGAGGGCAAGGUGCAGAUGUGGGCCCAGUCUCUGGUCUACACCCUGGAGGAGUUGGAGUGUAAGAUCUGUUAUAACCGUUACGACACGCGGAGCCGCAAGCCGAAGCUGCUGGGCUGCCUGCACCGCGUCUGCGCCAAGUGUCUCAAGAAGAUGGUGGACAUGGGCGAGUCGUCACCUUCAGUCAUCAGCUGUCCCUUCUGUCGCCAUGAGACUCACGUCCCAGACGAGGAGGUGUGGCUGAUGGAGGACGACAGGCAUAUCCUGGCCGUGCUGUCGUGUCAGGACCGUGCACGGCGAGGCGGCGGUGGCGGCGGGGGCGGCGGUGGUGGAGAGGUGGUGCUGAGCCCCAACAGUCUGACCGGUGCGGUGGCGGCCUCUCACAGGUCCUCAGACUGCCUGGUCAUCACCAUCAUGGAGCUGCCCGGCGAGUCUCCGUCCUCAGACUCACUGAGCAUGCUCAACAUGGUGGGCGUGUACCGCCCGCCCAGCCUGGACUCACUGCCCUGCAACCUGCCCAAUCAGAAGUGCCGCGCCUGGACCAACCGCAGCUUCCCCCGCUGCCUGCUGGGGGCGCUCUGCCUGGUGUACUUCAGCUCGCUGCCUCUGGGGAUCUACCUGCUGAUGAUUGGUCAGCUGUGGCUGGGCGUGGUUCUCGUCAGCCUGGUUCCCUCCACUCUGCUGCUCUGUGUUCUCUACGGGUUCUGCCAGUGUCUCUGCCACGAGGUGCUGGAGGCCAUGGCCGCCCACCGACACAGUCUGUCAUAACAGCAGAACAUGAGCAGAACAUCCCUGGAACACAACCAGAACACAACAAAAACCCCACCGGAACAUCACCGUUACACACCCAGGACACCACUGGAACCCCACCAGAACCCCACCGGAACCCCACCAGAACACCACCGAAACACCACUAGAACAUCACCGGAACCCCACCAGAACAACACCGGAACACCACCAGAACCCCACCAGAACAUCACCGGAACACCACCAGAACACCACCAGAACACCCUGGAACAUCACUGGAACCCCACUAGAACAUCACCGGAACCCCACCAGAACAACACCGGAACACCACCAGAACCCCACCGGAACCCCACCAGAACAUCACCGGAACACCACCAGAACAACACCGGAACACCACCAGAACCCCACCAGAACAACACCGGAACACCACCAGAACCCCACCAGAACAUCACCGGAAUACCACCAGAACACCCUGGAACAUCACUGGAACCCCACUAGAACAUCACCGGAACCCCACCAGAACACAACUAUUACACAACAAGAACCCCACUGGAACACAACAACACCACCAGAACAUGGCUGGGACAUCUACAGAACACCACCAGAACAUCAGUGGAACUCUGCUGGAACACAACAGGAACAACGAUCAAACACACACACACACACACACACACACACUCAGUGAACUCCAGCCAAACAUUCUGCCUCCAAAUGGCCCCGCCUCCAAAUGGCCCCGCCCCCUCUGAAUACCAGCAUAACCGCGACGCGUGAGGCUGAGGAGGGACACCGAGCUAAAGGUUCAGACAUGCUGCCCUAGAACAGAACUGUUACUAUGGUAACUAGGGUUCUAGGACACCGAUCCUCAUGUAACCAUGGUAACCACAGUGUUCCAGAAUGCUGUGUGUGUGUGUGUGUGUGUGUGUGUGUGUGUGUGUGUGUGUGUCCUUGUGUAACCAUGGUAACAGCAGCAUGUUGUCAGUCAUCUGAGCUGUCUGUGGUUUUUUACUGUGAAGACUCUGUGAUGCUGCUGCCCCCUGCUGGAGGAGCUGCUGAACUACACAGCUCCGUCUAGCCAAUCAGGAGCUCCGAUGUCAGCAGAUAUGAACUGAACUGAAAGGAGUCAGAGCAUCAUCAUCAUCAUCAUCAUCACCUAUAAACUCCUGAUUCAAUGAUCAAUAAGUUAACACGACGAUCAAUAACUUAAUGUUCUGUCAGUCGUAUCAUCACCUAAUAACCUUUAGCAUCCAAAGUGUCUGAGAUCUGUGGAAAUGUUCCUUUGCUUUAAUGUGAUGAUGCCGACUGAGCCUGGCUGUGAUUGGACGGCCGGACGCCAGCCUGGCUGUGAUUGGACGGGAAGGCAGGUAGAAACAGGACAGGUGUGUCAGUGUGGUUUUGUGUACAGUGUCAUGUGACCGUCUGCUGGUCCCUGCAUGAUGACAUCACUGAGGUCCUCGUGUUAUCCGCUGCAGAGCAUUAUGGGAUGUGUAGGCAGGAGCGUGUUUGCAGCUGCUGUGUUGUGUUUGUG